AUGUCCCAAAAGUCGCUCCAGGGCUGGACGUUUGAGCUCAAAGAGCCCGAAAAUGGCACGCCGCGACGCUCGCGACGGUCGGCGGCCGCCGCUGUGGGCCAGAUCCGCCUCACGCGCGACGCCGACCGGCUCGAGCUCAAGAAAGGGGACACCGUCCUUGUCUCAAGCGGUACGGGGCCUCCCGACGUGGCGCUCAUCAGAGACAUCGAUUUCGGCACAGACACGUUUCUGGACGUGCGGGUGCUGUGGUUCAUGCGGCGGUCGGAGGCAGACGACGGCGUUCUGCCACAGGACAGCCGGCUCGAAAACGACGUGUUUCUGACGCCCAUCGCGGAGAAAAUCCGCCUCGACGACAUUGUCGGGCCGUGCACAGUGCUCUCGGCGUCGCAGUUCGCCGCCGUGCGGCUGGACAGCUCGAAUCGCGGCUCCACGUUCCGCUGCCAGAGGUUCAGCGACAGAGACUCGUACUUUUCCGACCUGGUCGAUUGGGACGAUUACGUCAGCAGGGGCACCGAGUAUGUGUACCAGCAGGUGAAGGAGCUGGCCAUUCCGCCACGGCAGGGGUCGCCGCGCAAGAAAAAGCGCACAGACACGCCCACCAGGCCGAAGACCCCUAAGAUGCGCAGUCCCGAACCCAUGGUUUUGUCCGACAGCGAGGAGCUCGACUUGGAGGAUCUGGAUUCCGCGUACGAGAGUCCGUUGGAGGAGAGGCCCCGGCGCAGAGAGCGGAAAAGAAAGCCCAGAGCAGCGCAGAAAAGUGCCAAAUCCAGCUCGCCCUCCAAGUCGACGCCCCGGGGCCUGCGCAAGGCCAAUAACAGCGUGCCUGUUCUGCCGACGGUGAUUCGGCAGAAGUUCUUUGAGGACGACAACGAGCUGGUCAUAGACGACGACGACCUGCAGGAGGUGGUCGAUACCGACGGCAAAGUCGUCAAGACGUUCAGAAAGGCCAAGGAAAAGCUGCUGCCGUCCGCCAAGCUGCAGACGCUUCCGUGCCGAGACCAGGAGUCUGCACAGUUGUACAGCAGUCUUCUGGACGCGAUUCUGAGCCAGCUGGGCCGGUGUAUCUACGUGAGUGGCACGCCCGGCGUGGGCAAGACGGCCACGAUACGGGAGGUGAUCAAACAGCUGUUUGUGAACCUUGCCAACGACAACGAUAAGAAAAUGUUCAACUAUUUGGAAAUAAACGGUCUUAAGCUCAUGUCUCCGCCCGCAGCGUACGAGGCUCUGUACCACAAGAUUUCGGGCGAUAACGUCAAGGCCGGCGCGGCGCUCGACCUGCUGGAGAGACAUUUCGAGACCAAAGACGAGACACGGCUGCCUUUGGUUGUUCUGCUGGACGAGAUGGACCAGAUCGUGACCAAGAACCAGACAGUCAUGUACAACUUCUUCAACUGGCCCACGUACGAGAACUCGAAGCUGAUAGUGGUGGCCGUGGCCAACACGAUGGAUCUCCCCGAGAGACUGCUGACCAACAAGAUUUCCUCGCGGCUCGGGCUCACCAGAAUCCAGUUCCCCGGAUACACGUAUGCGCAGCUCAGUGAGAUCAUCAAGCACCGUCUCGAGAAGAUCGAGCGGGCCAAUGAGAACAAGCUGGUGAUAUCCAAGGACGCGAUCGAGUUUGCGUCCAGAAAAGUGGCCAGUGUGAGCGGAGACGCGCGCAGGUCGCUUGUGAUCUGUGUGCGGGCCUUGGAGAUUGCAGAGAUGGAGUUUCUCAGCAAACCGCAGCAGGAGCGCGACGAGCUUCAGGGGCGGUACACCGUGGGCAUCAUGCACGUGAUGAAGGCCGUGAACGAGACCACGUCGACUCCCGUGGCCAAUUAUCUGAACUCGCUGUCUUUUGCUGCGAAAAUGGUUUUGGUGGCCUUUCUGCUGCGCCGCAAACGGACGGGGUCUGCCGAGCUGCCGUUGGGCGAGAUAAUCGACGAGAUGAACAACCAGUUCGGCAUGGUGCUGUUUUCCGAGCUCAAGCGGCAACUGAGCCACGAACAGCUCGAGAUGCUGGAGGUGUUGUAUGGCGACGAAAACUCAAGGCUGCGCGUGGACGGGCUGGGGUACAUUGUGCGCGAGCUGGACGAGAGCGGUGUCAUUGCGCAGCAGCAGCUGCGUGCCGAACGAUUGCGGCUGGUGCGGCUCAAUGUGAACGAGGACGAGAUCAUUGGGUGUUUGAAAAGAGACGCUCUGAUGGCCGAUCUGAUAGCCACCAUGUGA